UCGAGAAAAACGCGUUUUAAAUUUUAAGUUUAAUGCAUUUUGUCCGGGUAAUUUAAAUCAGCACUGUAUACUGAACAAUCUGAAUUGUGACGCUUUCCAUCAGACUUUGAAAAAAUGAGUUCUGAUUGGCUGGUGUUCCGUCCGUCUGUCAUGACAGUUUUUCUCCUUGUCGGUCCUUAAAUGGGGUCCUUGCCAUCUUCCCGUUUUUUAAAUUAAAACGGUCUCUAAACUUCUAUUAUAAGUUCAAAUUAGGGUUGAGCAUGUUAAAAAUGAUGCUGCACUGUUCCAUCAAAAAGAACAAAUAUAAUCUUUAAACUAGCAUUUGUAGUAUCUGUAAGUUUAUUGUAAGCGUUAGAGAGGGGUUCAACUUUGGGAAAGACCCUCCCAUUAACUUCAAGGACCAUUAACCGAGAAAAGGAGCUGAAUUCAAUUAAAGAGAUACUCAAAGCCCUGAUAUUGGAGUUUACAAGGAAUAAAUGAAAAACAAAACAAUGCGUAGACACUAUUAUGCCGGUAAAUUUACCUAGACAUUUGCGUCCAAGCAAAAUUGAUCCAGAUGUAACUAUUCGAUUUUAUUCAAUUUGUUGUUAUUAUUAGUUGCUGAAAACAUGGUCACCAAGAGUUUACCUUCCAGAGCUGGCCUGGCAAGAACAUAGCCUUUUUAAGGUGCACAAUAUCGGGACACAGAUGUCUGGAUAUGUUUUGUUUGGGAGUUUUUCAAUCUUUCGGACACUUUUGUCUGGCACAGAAUUGUCUAGAACAUAAAUGUCCGGACACGAAAAAAAAAACAGUUGCUCUGCAUGCCACACGGAAUCGAUCACAGUAUUAGUAGCAGAAAAUUAAAAAAAAACUAAGAAUAUUGCAGUUUUUGUGAUAAAAAUAAUUUCUUUUUUUUCGAAGUGUCCAUGAACGUAGUGAAUACAUUUAAUAAGUCGUACUGGUAUUCUUUAUCAGGAAAAUGUUUUUUUUCAGGAAAAUGUCUAAAUGUUUGAUCCCGCUCAAAUUUGAUUUUUGGUAAUGUGACUUUUGAAUGUUUUGAGUUCAAUUCAAAUUCUUUUCCUAAAAGGAAGGCAAAUUAAGCUCUCCAGUUAUGAAAGCGUAAAUGGCGCGAAAAAAAAACGUGAACGACUUCUAAUUUCUUCGCAAAUAGUUCUUUAAUUUCAAAGAAGUUUAAGACCAUGUGUUUUUUCUUUUAAGUUCGAAAAUUAAAAUUUCUUGGAAAACGAUUCAGUCAUUUUUUCUUGCUCCCUUGCGUUCAUUGACCCUUUUUUAGCUGUUUAAGUUUAUCAGAUCCUCGUUUUUUUGUUUAAAAAAUGAAUCAAUUCCUAAGACUGUGAGGCGACAAUUCAUAACAGGUCACAAUUCGUAACAGGACGACACUCUUCAGUGAGGAUUUGAUCUUCUAUUUUUGCUCCGGCGAAUGAAAUUAGCAUAGCACGAUAAAAUUUGAGCCAUUUUUUAUAGGAACGACGUGUUAAAGAUAAAUUUCAGGUGCGGGCGAAAGCUGUAUCAUACUGAAGCUUUUUCAGAAGCUGUAUUAAAGAUUUUCAUUGAUCAUUUUUUAAAUGCAAAUCAUUUUUUAUGGUACUUAAGCCAUUAGUUAUGACUUUAAUGAGCCAAAUUCAAUGCCAAAGCCAUUCUGCUGCCUAAACGAGACGGCAAAAGUUUUUAAAUAAUUUUUUCUUCUUUUUUAAAAAAAUGUUUUGCAUUUACGACUGUUGUCUUAGUUUUUGUGCUAUUUAAACAGAAAAUAGCUAUUAUUUUGUCAUGAACUGUAUUUGAAGUUUCAGAAAGUUUUCAUACAAAAUCGCUACUUUUUUUGCUUCGGCUAGAAAUUGAUUUGAUCUGCAUUAUUCAGUGAGUACAUAUUACAAGAUCAGUCAUAAUUAUAUCCGGGAGAUCAGACUCACGGGUCAUAAGGCCCUUCAAAGAAUUGCCCCGAUCACAACAUACUUCGAAUUACUACUCUUGAUUGCCAGGCCGAGUUACUGAAAAAUUGGCCCACUCUGGUUUUUCAUUUCAAAGGCGAGAAUUUACCACUAAGAACAUCAGGGCUUUGACUGUUUCCGAUUGCAAGUUUGAUAAAAAAAUAUGUUCACUUGAUCUGAUUUUAUAUGCAGUUUGGAAUCAUUUCAGUUGAAUACUAUAUGAUACGACCGAACAUCUUAUUGUUUUUAUUGACUCUUGGAACUUAUUUCAUAUUUCAUUUUUGGUGCAUUUACGUUAUAAAUAUUUAAUUAACAUCAAUAACUUCUUGAUAUUUUUCUCUAUUUAUGACUCAGUUUUUACUGCUACUUGCAAUGUUUGCUUUUAAAGCUCGACAAAAAACUGCUUUUGGAGUUGAUCAAAUACUUUUCAUGUUAUUCGUAAUAUACGCACACAUUUUGAUUUUAGUGCACAUUCUAACAAUCAUCGUAUGGUAUAUUCGGCUCAAAAUAGUCAACAUAUAGUUACUAAUAAAUUUUUUACACAAGCUUUUUAUCAAUAUUGUAAUUUAUCAUAGCUUUCUUAAUUGCAUUUUUGAAAAAUGUAAAAGAAAAAAUACGUUUAAACUAUAAAAAUGGAAUCCGAAGAGAAAAAAUGCCUCGAUCAGUCCAAACAAGGUGAGAAAACUCCCAUUUUUGAGUCUGCCCAAUUCUCCAAAACUUACCCUCGCUACUACUCAACCGAAACAAAUAAACAGCUCCCGUCGGCUGAAAUUUCGGUCCACGACGUCUCGUAUUCAAUUGUAACUGGGUCAUGUCUUCGGAAGCACAGCAAAAGGAUCUUAACUGAUGUCAGCGGGAUCUUCAAACCCGGACUCAAUGCAAUCAUGGGACCUUCGGGUUCUGGGAAAACAACGCUGCUGGAUGUUUUGGCCCAACGGAAGAGAACAGAAUCCCUGGAAGGGUUCAUUCUCCUGAAUGGGCAACCUUUUCCCCAGAACUUCACCUUCUUAUCGGGUUACGUGGCUCAGGAUGACGUCAUCAGUCUAGCCUUGACAGUUCAAGAAAAUCUGAUGUUCUCGGCGUCUCUUCGGAUGCGCGACUGUACACAUGCAGAGAGGGUGCGUCGCGUGGAGCAGUUAGUCGCGGAGCUAGGUCUGGACCAGUGCCAGCACACCACCAUUGGAGACCCUUUUUCCAGCGGCAUUUCCGGAGGGGAGAGGAAGAGGUGCUGCAUAGGGAUGGAACUUGUCAACCAACCGCCUGUCGUAUUUCUAGAUGAACCGACCACCGGCCUUGAUUCUUCCACAGCGUUCAGUGUCAUAUCGGUUCUCAAAAGGCUAUCAACUCUAAGAAACUCUACCUUCAUUAUCACCAUCCAUCAACCUCGGUUCUCGAUCUACAGUCAAUUUGGCAGGCUUCACCUACUUUCUCAAAGUGGGCAGACUGUUUUUCAUGGACCAGCAAACGAGGCUCUGUCUUACUUUGAACAACUUGGAUACGUAUGCGAAGACUACUACAACCCCGCAGAGUUUUUCCUCGAUUUGAUGCUCCAAUCAGUACAACUUAGUGCCUUUAGUCCCGGGUUCGAGUCCCAGCAGGCUCCGAUUAAGACCCUUUCAUUGGUCGAACAUACUGCAAAUCAGAGCAAUAUCAAAGAUUUGGUGAAGUGUUUCCGGGCAUCUGAGCUGAACAAAGUUCUGCACGAUGAAUGCGAAACUGUUUUGGCUUCAGAGGAAGGACACUUUUUUGACUCUAAUGUCAAAUUUUCACGCAGUUGGUUCACGCAACUUCACUUCUUAACAAUGAGAAACUUAAAAGGGUUCAAAAUUUUUCCUGGAAAAGUGAUAGCCUCGUGGGUUGUCGUAUUUUUGAUUUCCGCAAUGCUCGGUUUUCUUCUCUUUGACUGGAAAUACGACAAAAAGGGUUUCGAAAACAUCAACGGAGUCCUUUUCUUCUUUGUCGUUGUCGUAGUAUUCGGAAACUUCGAAUGUCUAAAUGCCAUGCUCGGAGACCGUGAAAUCUUUAUAGUCGAAUCUCAAAACGGUUAUUAUAGAGUGUCCGCACAUUUGCUCGCAAAACUACUAGGAGACGUGAUUCCCCGACAGACAUCCAAGAUAACAGUCUUCGCUUUGUGUCUCUACUUUUUCCUCAACUUAAAACCCAGCAUUGAUUCGUUCCUUCUUUUCUUUUCCGCUGGUCUGCUCACAUGUAUAGCAGCUGUUAGCUUAUUUGUGUUUGUUGCGGCGUUUACGGGACGUUUCGGGAGUGCCGCUGCAUUGCUUCCCGCGAUUUCAGUAAUGAUGAUUUUCGUCGCUGGUUUCUUUGCAAAUGUUGGAACGUUGCCGCCAGUUUUAGCGAAAUUGAAAUACGCCAGUAUUGUUUGGUACGCCAUGUCACUUUUAACAACAUCUCAAUUCCGAAAUGUUGAAUUUUGUGACUCUCAGAAACUUGUGGCGGAAAAUGGAUCCGAAAUAUCGCCGUACUUAUGCGAGAGGGGAGAGAGCUACCUCGAUAGAUACAGUGUUAACUAUUCAUUCGCCGGAUGUUGCUUGAACUUCAUUGGACUCGCUGCUUUUUCCUUAUUUUUCUACGUUCUCACAUACUUCAGCUGGCUAAGAACUGCCCGUUCGCGAAAAUGAUCAGCUUGUUUUUAUUGCAAAUUAAUAUUUUAUUAAAUAAAAUGUCUUCA